AUGAGGCUGCGAGGCUUUCUACUCACUUUGCUGUUCCUGGGGGGGGGCUCGCGGGCUCAGCGCCCAGAAAUCGCCACUCGGGUCACAAACGCAGAAGACUGUCCCGUGGACCUGUUCUUCGUCCUGGACACCUCGGAGAGUGUUGCCCUGAGGGUGAAGCCCUUUGGGGACCUGGUAGCCCAAGUGAAAGAUUUCACCAACCGGUUCAUUGAUAAGCUGACAAACAGGUACUACCGCUGCGACCGCAACCUAGUCUGGAAUGCCGGGGCACUGCAUUACAGCGAUGAGGUUGUGCUCAUCAAGAGCCUCACGUCAAUGCCCAGCGGCCGGAACGAGCUGAAGAACCGUGUCUCUGCUGUGAACUACAUCGGGAAGGGCACCUACACUGACUGUGCCAUAAAGCGGGGCAUCGAGGAGCUGCUCAUCAGUGGCUCCCAUCACAAGGAGAAUAAAUACCUGAUUGUGGUGACCGAUGGGCACCCUUUGGAAGGGUACAAGGAGCCCUGCGGAGGCCUGGACGAUGCUGCCAAUGAAGCCAAACACUUGGGGAUCAAAGUGUUCUCCGUUGCCAUCUCCCCCAACCACCUGGACCAGCGGCUCAACAUCAUUGCCACGGACCACGCCUACCGCCGCAAUUUCACCGCCACCAGCCUGCAGCCAACCCGUGAGAUCGAUGUGGAGGAUACCAUCAACACCAUCAUUGACAUGAUCAAAGCUAACACAGAGCAAUCGUGCUGCUCCUUCGAGUGCCAGCCUCCCCGAGGACUCCCUGGACCUCCCGGUGACCCAGGCAAUGAGGGAGAAAGAGGCAAGCCAGGCCUUCCCGGCCAGAAAGGAGACGCUGGAGACCCCGGCAGGCCAGGGGACAUGGGACCUGUUGGUUACCAAGGAAUGAAGGGUGACAAAGGAAGUCGAGGAGAAAAGGGCUCGAGAGGAGCCAAAGGAGCCAAGGGUGAGAAAGGCAAGCGUGGAAUUGAUGGCAUCGAUGGUAUGAAGGGUGAAGCUGGAUACCCUGGGUUACCUGGCUGCAAAGGCUCACCCGGAUUUGACGGAGCUCAAGGCCCGUCUGGACCGAAGGGAGAUCCUGGUGCUUACGGACCCAAGGGAGGAAAGGGGGAGCCUGGGGAUGACGGAAAACCUGGCCGACAAGGGAUUCCCGGCAGCCCUGGAGAGAAGGGCACGCCUGGAAACCCGGGUGAGCCUGGACCAGUAGGAGAAACGGGUGAUGAGGGCGCUCCAGGCCCAGAUGGUCCUCCUGGAGAGCGGGGCAGCAAUGGAGAGAGAGGCCCCCCAGGGUCGCCGGGUGACCGCGGGCCAAGAGGAGAGCCGGGAGAAUCUGGACCACCUGGUGACCAAGGGCGGGAAGGACCUCUGGGACCACCUGGAGACCAGGGUGAAGCUGGACCUCCUGGACCCAAGGGCUACAGGGGAGAUGAUGGCCCCCGCGGCAAUGAGGGCCCAAAGGGAUUGCCUGGAGCACCUGGUCUGCCCGGAGACCCUGGCCUGAUGGGAGAAAGGGGGGAGGAUGGCCCUCCUGGGAAUGGCACGGUUGGAUUCACCGGUGCCCCUGGGCCACAAGGAGACAGAGGUGACCCUGGCAUUAACGGAACAAAAGGCUAUGUCGGUCCUAAAGGUGAUGAAGGAGAAGCUGGAGACCCUGGCAAUGAUAAUGUAACCCCUGGCCCCAGGGGCAUCAAAGGAGCAAAGGGCCACAGGGGACCUGAAGGCCGCCCGGGACCACCAGGACCUGUGGGGCCUCCAGGACCAGAUGAAUGUGAAAUCUUGGAUAUCAUCAUGAAGAUGUGCUCUUGCUGCGAGUGCACCUGCGGUCCCGUCGACCUCCUCUUCGUGUUGGACAGCUCGGAGAGCAUCGGCCUGCAGAACUUCCAGAUAGCCAAGGACUUCAUCAUCAAAGUCAUUGACCGCCUGAGCAAGGAUGAGCGUGUCAAGUUUGAACCUGGGGAGUCCCACGUGGGUGUUGUGCAGUACAGCCAUGACAAAACGCAGGAGCUGGUGGCCAUGGGGGAUGCCAACAUAGACAACAUUGGGGCGCUCAAACAGGCAGUCAAGAACUUGAAAUGGAUAGCUGGGGGGACCUUCACUGGAGAAGCUCUGCAGUUCACCAAGGACAACCUGCUGCGGAGAUUCACGUCUGACAAGCGCGUUGCCAUUGUCAUCACGGACGGACGUUCUGACACGCUGCGGGACCCUACCCCACUUAACUCGCUGUGCGAUGUCACCCCGGUGGUUUCUCUUGGGAUAGGUGACAUUUUCCGCAACCCUCCGAAUCCAGAUCACCUGAAUGAUAUCGCUUGUUUAAGCAGACCGACCAGGCCAGGACUGUCUAUUCAAAGGGACAACUAUGCUGAGCUCCUGGAUGACACCUUCUUGCAGAACAUCACCUCGUACGUCUGCCAAGAGAAGAAAUGUCCAGACUACACCUGCCCAAUCACCUUCACCGGGCUGGCAGACAUCACACUGCUGGUGGACAGCUCCACCAGCGUGGGGAGCAAGAACUUCGAGACCACCAAGAAGUUCGUGAAGCGGCUGGCGGAGCGGUUCCUGGAGGCUGGCAAGCCUGCUGACGACUCUGUUCGCGUCUCGGUGGUCCAAUACAGCGGCAGGAACCAGCAGAAAGUGGAAACUCAAUUCCAGUACAAUUACACGAUCGUUGCCAAAGCCAUUGACAACAUGGAGUUCAUUAACGACGCCACGGACAUCAACGCCGCUCUGCGGUACGUCACGGCACUGUACCAACGGUCCUCCCAUGCUGGGGCAAAGAAGAGGGUGCUGGUGUUCUCUGACGGCAACUCUCAAGGGAUCACCGCGAGGGCCAUCGAGAGGGCUGUGCAGGAAGCCCAGCAGGCCGGCAUAGAGAUCUACGUGCUGGCGGUGGGCAGCCAAGCCAAUGAGCCCAACAUCCGUGUUCUGGUCACAGGGAAGAGUGCAGACUAUGAUGUGGUCUAUGGGGAGCGCCACCUCUUCCGUGUGCCCGACUAUACCUCGCUGCUGCGUGGCGUCUUCUACCAAACUGUGUCCAGGAAGAUCGCUGUUGACUGA